AUGGCUUCUAAACGGCCUAUCGUUGUGGAAGGCAAUACGCCAGGUAAGCCUGAAAAUAAACGAGUAGUAACUAAAGGAACUUCGAGAAAAAGCCUUUUUUCCGAAAAACCCAAGUCGUCUGGACACAGGGAAUGGUCAGAAGAAGGAACUUCUGCUUUAGUACAGUAUAUUUGUUUAUAUUGGGAAGAUGCCUACUCGGACCGAUGGCUUAUGCAAAGUGACACAAAAUUCUGGGAUGCUGUGGCAGGUGCAAUGAACAAGGCAUGCAACUCUACUAGAACAGGUUAGCAAAAUGUUAAUGUUUUAUAGCAUAUCUAUUAUUUAUAAUUUUAAGCAUGAUAAAGGAGGAUAAACAGAAAUUUGGCUAUUUUGGCACAUGUGGGGAUUUUAUUAUAUACUGACUAAUUUAUCAGCAGUCAGGUCAAGUAUUUUAGUAUUAUAUUGGUGUUAGAUGUUAGUGGUAUAAAAUGCUUUUAUUUUCGGUUGCACUCAGCGAGCAUGCCAUUGCCUUGCCCAAGCCCCAAGGAUUAAUGUUAUUAAAUGUUCCCGAAAUACUGUACAUACAGUAUAGUGCAAUAGCUAGUGUUCAUCAUUCUGUUUCCUUUCAAAGGUCCAUCAUGUCGCAGAAGGCAUGAACUUUGAUGAACAGAGGCAGAGGAGGCACUGAACAUUGACUACCUGCUCAAUUCCUCCUCAUUUGAUGAUAAUAAUUCUUGCCCAAGUAGUCCACCAAGAUUUGUCAAUGAUGAAUGUUUAUCACCUAUCUUCAACUGUUCCCCAAAUGCUGGUACAAAAAGACAUACAAGUUCUGUUACUGUUGGCGAUGUAAUAAAAGAUUUUGUAUCAUGUUUUUCAAGCUCAAUGUCAUUGCGGAUAAAGAUACAAGUAUUGCAUCACAUAUUUAAGCAGUGUGUUAUUGCUGAAGAUGGCCAAGACUCCUUCAGAUUUGUCAACAAUGAUUUCCUGACAAGAAGCCUUGGUGCAAUGAAAACACUCUUUCGUGAGAGUAAACCCAAUCUUAUUUAUGGCUUAAGCAAGUGUUUUGAAGGUACAAGCCCAAGAAUGUCUUUAAAUCGAAUGGCAUAUGGUUUGAUCGAUUACAAUAUCCGCUUCUUUGCCAGUGAUACAACAGUUAAUCUUCAUAUGGAAGAACAUUAUGCCUCAUGGCUGGAGACAAUGUAUACUCAGUUUGGCCAUAAGUGGUUAUGUCUACAUUGGAGACCAAUGUGGCAGUAUGAGAGAGGUGCAUACUCGGAAAAAGAUUUGCCAACUGCAAAUGAUCUUGAACAUAGUACUGAUGUGGUAGAAGUUGACAUUAUCCAAGAGGCAUUGCAGCAUUCAUCAAUUGAUUUGGAUACAGCUCCUCCUGUCAACAUGGAAGAAGGUCUUGAAAUAUUUGGACAUGUCGACCUCUGCAUGUGCAACUUGUCUAUUAGUGACAAUGCAGUAACCACACCUACAAGCUGUGAAGAUCUCCAAACUGAUUCCCCCAGUAUUCCUUCUUCAGAAUUUCUCAAUGAAGAAGAACCUUAA